AUGAGUAUUGAAAGAGUAGGAGGAGGAGGGCUUAAGAGUUUUCGAAGCGGAUGGAGUGUGCCACCUAAGCUAUGUGAUUCUUGCAAGCUUUGUUCCGCCGCGCUUUUUUGCCAUUCUGAUUCCGCGUUUCUAUGCAUCGAUUGUGAUUCCAGGAUUCAUUCUGGUAACAAACUCUCCACGCGCCAUGAGCGCGUCUGGAUGUGCGAAGUUUGCGAACAAGCACCAGCCUCCGUCACGUGUAAAGCUGACGCCGCAGCUCUCUGCGUCACGUGCGACUCUGACAUCCACUCUGCAAAUCCACUCGCCCGCCGCCACGAGCGUGUCCCCGUCGAACCAUUCUUCGACUCCGCCGAAUCCGUCGUGAAAUCCUCCGCCGCCGCCGCUGUCGCUUCAUUCAAUUUCGCUGUUCCUUCCGACGACGGAUUCAGCCACGACGAAGUUGAAGCAUCUGCCUGGCUGAUUCCGAAUCUGAAUCCGAAUUUCGGAUCCAAACUUUCCGAAACUCCAGAUAUCAAAACCAGAGAGAUUUUCUUCUCCGAUAUGGAUCCGUUUUUCGAUUUCGAUUACUCGAACAACUUCCAGAACAAUAAUUGCAACGCGAUAAACGACAGCGUAGUUCCGGUUCAAACCAAAGCUACUCCGGCGGCAACGAUGAUGAAUCAUCAUAACUCAGAAGCUUGCUUCGAUAUCGAUUUUUGCAGAUCGAAGCUAUCCUCACUUAACUAUCCAUCACAUUCUAUUAGCCAAAGCGUUUCUUCUUCUUCGCUUGACGUCGGAGUGGUGCCGGAUGGAAACGUGGUAUCGGAGUUUUCAUACACUUUUGGUUCUGAAUCAAUGGUAUCAGGUGGUGUGAAUAGCAAUAGCAACAACCAAGGGGUGCAAGGAGCAACUCAAUUAUGUGGAAUAGAUCGUGAAGCGAGGGUUCUGAGAUACAGAGAGAAGAGGAAGAAUCGUAAAUUUGAAAAAACAAUUCGUUACGCUUCGCGAAAAGCUUAUGCAGAAACCCGGCCUAGAAUCAAAGGCCGGUUCGCGAAACGAACCGAAAUUGACUCGGAUGUAGACCGGCUCUAUAACCCGGCAGAUCCUCUCACCAUCCCUGGUUCACUUUUAAUGGACUCCCCUUACGGUGUCGUUCCGACGUUUUAG